CUGAACUCAGUUAUAACUGAAUACACGGAACAUUAAAGACGAACUGAACCAUUUCUGAAUUACUCGUUGAACAGUCAAGAAGGAAGAAAAAGACGAAUUGGUUGAAAAAAACUUUCGAGAAUUCAAUUAUCAACUAUACAUUUAGUGAAUAUUAAGUUAAUUUAUAUCAAAUAGAAUAACAAAUUAAAUUAAUUAUGAAGCUAUUGUUAGCAUUUAUCGGGCUUGUGGCCAUUGCCAUAAGUUCUUUGGCUGAACAAGCUAAAGAAAAGGAUGAUAUUGGUGUAGUAAUUGGUAUCGAUUUAGGAACAACAUACUCAUGUGUUGGUGUUUACAAAAAUGGACGUGUUGAAAUUAUUGCCAACGACCAAGGUAACCGUAUCACACCAUCAUAUGUUGCAUUCACAGCUGAAGGUGAACGUUUAAUUGGUGAUGCGGCCAAGAAUCAAUUGACUACAAAUCCAGAGAACACCAUUUUCGAUGCAAAACGUUUAAUUGGUCGUGAAUAUGGUGAUCCAACUGUGCAAGCCGAUGCUAAAUUGUUCCCAUUCAAAAUCGUUGAGAAGAGCACUAAACCAUAUGUCCAAGUGAAAACUAGCCAAGGUGACAAGACCUUUGCUCCAGAAGAAAUUUCCGCUAUGGUUUUGACGAAAAUGAAGGAAACCGCCGAAGCUUAUCUCGGUAAAAAGGUUACACACGCUGUUGUCACUGUACCAGCCUAUUUCAAUGAUGCCCAACGUCAAGCAACCAAAGAUGCUGGUUCAAUUGCCGGUUUGAAUGUUAUGCGUAUUAUCAACGAACCAACAGCCGCUGCCAUUGCUUACGGUUUGGAUAAAAAAGACGGUGAAAAGAAUGUGUUGGUAUUCGAUUUGGGUGGUGGUACUUUCGAUGUAUCACUUUUGACAAUUGACAAUGGUGUAUUUGAGGUCGUUGCAACCAAUGGUGACACACAUUUGGGUGGUGAAGAUUUCGAUCAACGUGUUAUGGAUCAUUUCAUUAAAUUGUACAAAAAGAAGAAGGGCAAGGAUAUUCGUAAAGACAAUCGUGCCGUUCAAAAAUUGCGUCGUGAAGUUGAAAAGGCCAAGCGUGCAUUGUCAUCAAAUCAUCAAGUUCGAAUCGAAAUUGAAUCAUUCUUCGAAGGUGAAGACUUCUCUGAAACAUUGACACGUGCCAAAUUCGAAGAAUUGAACAUGGACUUGUUCCGUUCCACAUUGAAACCAGUGCAAAAGGUCUUGGAAGAUGCAGACAUGAACAAAAAAGAUGUUGAUGAAAUCGUUUUGGUCGGUGGUUCAACACGUAUUCCAAAAGUACAACAAUUGGUGAAAGAAUUCUUCGGCGGCAAAGAACCAUCACGCGGUAUCAAUCCAGAUGAAGCUGUUGCUUACGGUGCUGCUGUUCAAGCUGGUGUAUUGUCAGGCGAACAAGAUACUGAUGCCAUCGUUUUGCUCGAUGUCAAUCCAUUGACCAUGGGUAUUGAAACUGUUGGAGGUGUCAUGACCAAAUUGAUUCCACGUAAUACAGUUAUUCCAACCAAGAAAUCGCAAAUCUUCUCAACUGCCAGCGAUAACCAACACACUGUCACCAUUCAAGUGUACGAGGGUGAACGUCCAAUGACUAAAGACAAUCAUUUGUUGGGUAAAUUCGAUUUGACCGGUAUUCCACCAUCACCACGUGGUGUUCCACAAAUUGAAGUUUCAUUCGAAAUUGAUGCAAACGGUAUUCUCUUGGUAUCGGCUGAAGACAAAGGCACCGGCAACCGCGAAAAGAUUGUCAUCACAAAUGAUCAAAAUCGUUUGACACCAGAAGAUAUUGACCGUAUGAUCAGAGAUGCUGAGAAAUUCUCAGACGAAGACAAAAAACUAAAAGAACGUGUCGAAGCUCGCAACGAAUUGGAAAGCUAUGCAUACAGUCUUAAGAAUCAAAUUGGUGACAAAGAUAAAUUGGGCGCUAAAUUGUCUGAUGAAGACAAAACAACAGUCGAAACAGCCGUUGAUGGUGCCAUCAAAUGGCUCGAAGAGAAUCCAGAAGCCGAAUCUGAAGAAUAUAAGAAACAAAAGAAAUCGGUCGAAGAUGUCGUACAACCAAUUAUCGCCAAAUUAUACCAAGGACAACCAGGCGGUGCACCACCAACUGGCGGCGAAGACGAUCUCAAAGACGAAUUGUAAACACGCGAUAGACAGAGAGAGCUUUUUUCAUUGUCAUAAUUCGUUCACAUCAACCGUAGUUAACAUCCAUUGUGUUUUUCUUCUUUUUUUUCUACGUGAAAUUCUUUAAUUUAUUUAUUUCAAACCGCGCAAAUUUUCCAGAGAAAAAAAAACCAAACAAAACAUUUCUUUGUCCAGUAGAGCGUAGUUUUGUGUGAGAAAAAAAGAGGAAAUCCGAUUUAAAAUCGAAAAACCAGCUAAAAUUAUUAAGUAUUUUUUUUCAUAUAUUGUAAAUUCACCAUUGUACUAAAAAUCUUCGUGGCGUUUUCCACCUCCGUCUAUUUUCAUGCGAUCGGAAAAUAGUUUGUAGAUUAUGUUUGUUGUGAUGAAUCUUUUUUUCUCUCUAUCCAAAGUGAAUUGCAGUGCAAUUCGUAUCAAUUAACAUAAAACAAUUUUGUUUUGAGUGAGCGCGCACGCAGGAGCAUUUAUUUCAUUCAAAAAGGAAAAAAGUCCGUCAAACCAUCAGAUAAAAAAGAAAAUAUUGUGAAAUUAAAUAAGAAUAAUGAAGAAAACGAUGUAAUUUUUAUGUAACUAGAGAUUGGUUUAAAUUAAACUUCGAAGAGGAUUUAAAUAAAAAAAAAAUAACAAACAAACUGUAAAAUACUACCUCUGUACUGA